AUGGGCAACAUCGUGAGUGCCGCCCAAUCGGGAAUCUCCACACAUACUGGGGGGUCUGCAGGUAUUGCAGGUUCCACGAUCCACCAAUGUCUCAUCAACGCCGUAGGCGACAACAAUGUCGCCUUCAAAGGCGACCCUCUCUACCAAAUCAAUGAUGUCAAGCCAUACAAUCUUGAUAUCCAGAUCACGCCCACCGCAGUCACCUACCCCAGCACUGCCGAUCAAGUUGCUGCGAUUGUCAAAUGUGCUGCCGAGUGCAAUCUGGCUGUACAAUCGCGCAGCGGCGGUCACUCAUUUGGAAACUACGGCAUUGGAGGACAGGACGGUGCUGUUGUCGUCGACUUGAAGCACUUUCAGAAGUUCUCUAUCGAUACUUCUACCUGGCAAGCUACUGUUGGUAGCGGAACCCGUCUUGGUGACCUCACCAAACGACUCGGCGAGAAUGGUGGCCGUGCCAUGGCUUAUGGAACAUGCCCACAAGUCGGUGUCGGAGGACACGCACUUAUCGGUGGACUUGGACCAGCUUCUCGCAUGUGGGGUGCUCUUCUCGACCAUGUUGAGGAAGUCGAAGUCGUUCUAGCCAACUCAACUGUCGUGCGUGCCUCGGAUAAACAACACCCGGAUCUCUUCUUCGCUUUGAAAGGAGCUGGCGCCAGCUUUGGUAUCGUCACUGAAUUCAAGCUUCGGACUCAAGCAGCACCCAGCAACGCUGUCAUUUACUCUUACACUUUCGCAGGUGGCUCGACACAAUCAAAGGCAGAUCUUUUCAAGAGGUGGCAGAAGUUGGUGUCUGAUCCUCAACUUUCGAGAAAGUUCGCCAGCCAGUACAUCAUUGCUGGACCUAUUGGCGCCAUCAUCACUGGUACUUAUUUUGGUAGCCAAGCAGAGUACGACAGCCUGAACCUCUCUUCCCGUCUUCAAACAAGCCAGAGCAAUAGCUCCAUCGAGAUGAAGGAUUGGCUCGGUGCUGUCGGUCACUGGUCAGAGCAGGUCGCAUUGCAAAUUGUCGGCAACGUCCCAGCUCACUUCUAUGCCAAAACCCUUGCCUAUACACAGAAAGAUCUGAUGUCAGAUGCUACGGUUGACAAGGUCUUCAAAUACAUUGACACGGCAGACAAGGGCGGUGCGCUUUUCUUUAUGAUUUGGGAUCUUGCGGGUGGCGCCGUCAACGACGUUGCGGAAGAUGCAACUGCGUAUGGACACCGCGACGCGCUGUUCUUCCACCAAGCAUAUGCCGUCAACCUAUUGGGCAGGCUCAACGACACGAGUCGCGCCUACCUCAACGGCAUCAACGACGUCGUCAUCAACUCGCGAGCAGACCGCGAUCAAGGCGUGUACCCGGGCUAUGUCGAUCCCGCAUUGGGCCCGAACAGUGCAGCCCUUUACUGGGACGACAAUGUGAGCAAGCUACAACAGAUCAAGGCUUCAGUGGACCCGCGCAACGUCUUCCGCAACCCGCAGAGUAUCCAGCCAGCGGGAAGAUCAGUUAAGCAGAGGGCGAUUGUAUACUAA